GCCCGCGACCUGCGCCGAUGGCUCAGAACCUGAAGGACCUGGCGGGGCGGCUGCCCGCCGGGCCGCGGGGCAUGGGCGCGGCGCUCAAGCUGCUGCUGGGGGCCGGCGCCGUGGCCUACGGCGUGCGCGAGUCGGUGUUCACCGUGGAGGGCGGCCACAGAGCCAUCUUCUUCAACCGCAUCGGCGGCGUGCAGCAGGACACCAUCCUGGCCGAGGGCCUGCACUUCAGGAUCCCCUGGUUCCAGUACCCCAUUAUCUAUGACAUCCGAGCCCGACCCCGGAAGAUCUCCUCACCCACGGGCUCCAAAGACCUGCAGAUGGUGAACAUCUCCCUGCGGGUGCUGUCCAGGCCCAACGCCCAGGAGCUGCCCAGCAUGUACCAGCGCCUCGGGCUGGACUACGAGGAGCGCGUGCUGCCGUCCAUCGUCAACGAGGUGCUCAAGAGCGUGGUGGCCAAGUUCAACGCCUCACAGCUCAUCACCCAGCGCGCCCAGGUGUCCCUGCUGAUCCGCCGGGAGCUCACCGAGCGCGCCAAGGACUUCAGCCUCAUCCUGGACGACGUGGCCAUCACGGAGCUGAGCUUCAGCCGCGAGUACACCGCCGCCGUGGAGGCCAAGCAAGUGGCCCAGCAGGAAGCCCAGCGCGCCCAGUUCCUGGUGGAGAAAGCCAAGCAGGAGCAGAGGCAGAAGAUCGUGCAGGCCGAGGGCGAGGCCGAGGCCGCCAAGAUGCUCGGAGAAGCCCUGAGCAAGAAUCCGGGCUACAUCAAGCUACGUAAGAUCAGGGCCGCCCAGAACAUCUCCAAGACGAUCGCCACGUCGCAGAACCGGAUCUUCCUCACCGCAGACAACCUCGUGCUGAACUUACAGGACGAAAGCUUCACUCGGGGCAGCGACAGCCUCAUCCGGGGCAAGAAGUGAGGCCGCGCCGUCGCCCAGCGGAGGGAGCGCAGCGCCACGCAGCCAUUCUCAAUAAACUUUUACUACUGUA